CACUGCCUGUCUCCAUACCUGUUUUCACCACUGCCUGUCUAUACCUGUUUUUUUCUCAACUGCCUUUUAUACCUGUUUUUUUCCUCAACUGCCUCUAUAUAUCUUUUUUCUCCACUGACUCACUGUUCCCCCACCCCCACCACUGCCUCUCCAUAUAUAUAUACCUGUAUUUCUUCAACCUCUAUCUCCACUGCCUCUCUAUACCUGUUUUUCCACCACUUUUUCUCUCCACUGCUCCCUCUCUCUCUAUCUUCAUUUUAGCAACCACGCUCCCCCUCCCGCUCCCUCGAACACCAGGGAGAGAGAGAGAGAGGAUGAGACAAGAAGGGUCUCGACCAGAGACAUCACCUAUCCCUUUUCUUCAGAGAUGCUGCCUGACCCGCUGAGUUACUCCAGCAUUUCGCGUCUUGUCUUCAAGCAAGAAGACGUGGCAGGAUUCUUCAUCCAGGCCACGCAGCCGCCCUGACACACACGAGAGACAGCCAGAGAUCGUUAAGGGAAAACAACAAAAAUCUCUCUUGCUCGGCCUUCGGGAACAUCUCGCCCCACAAUCAAAAAUCGUCUUUUCUCGGCCUUCGGAAACGUCUCAUCCCCCAACAAAAUUCUCCCUUUUUCGGCCUUCGGGAACAUCACGUUUCCCCCCCCCCCAACAAAAAAAAAAUCUCUCUUGCUCGGCCUCAUUCCCCGUUUUCUCGCUCUCUCCUCUCAAACCCUCCCUCCUCUUUUAGUAAGAGCAACAAACGCUGCUGCAACGCUCGGGAAUCACUUCCAGUCUCACUCACUCCACCCCAGAUCUGCAGAAACAUUCAGUGAUGUAAAAUUUCGCUCCUCCCCCAACCCCCCCUCCCCCCUCAAAAAAAAGGUAACGCAUCUUUCCAAAUCGUAUCGGAUUUUUUUCCUUGUAUCAUUUGGAGAUUUAUUUCGAAAGGAGACUUUUUUUUUUUUUUUGCAAAGCGUGGAUUAAAAAAAGACAAUUCUUCCCGUUUCAAUUAUGUGGAACGCUGGCGUCGUGUCCUGGCUGUUUUUUACCAAAGUGUUGAAGAAGUUGAGCAAAGGUCACUUGGCGCUGAGCCGGAGCUUGCAGAGACCCUGCCCCGACUCGCUGCUGCUGAGCCAGGCGGAAGCAGUGGACGUGGAGCGAGUGCAGGUGAAGUCGGAAUUGAACCUGCAGCACCAAGGCAUGGAGAGCGAGCUGCCCAUCAUGGGGGACCCAAAGGCCACUUACUGCCUCAACAACUGCUGCUUGAAGAGCUUUCUUCUGAUCUGCGCCCUGACCAUCGUCUGCUUCACAUCCCUGGCGUUGGUGCGGCGCUACCUGAAGGAUCUGCUGCUGUGGGUGGAGAGUUUGGACAGCUUGGCCGGGGCAUUGCUCUUCGUCGUGGGUUUCAUCGCCGUCUCCUUCCCCUGCAGCUGGGGUUAUAUCGUGCUGAACGUGGCUGCCGGCUACCUCUACGGAUUCGUGCUGGGGUUGGGGCUGGUGGUGACCGGCGUAUUGAUUGGGACGUUCAUCGCUCACCUGGUUUGCAAGCGGCUGCUGUCGGCGUGGGUCUCCGCCAAAGUCCGAGCCAACGAGCAACUGAGCGCCGUGGUCAAAGUGGUGGAAGGAGGCAGCGGAUUGAAGGUGGUGGCUUUGGCCAGACUCACACCCAUUCCCUUCGGGCUGCAGAAUGCAGUGUUCUCGAUUACCAAUUUGUCUCUUCCAAAUUAUCUUGUUGCAUCUUCAGUUGGACUGCUGCCCACUCAGCUUUUAAAUUCUUACUUGGGAACAACCUUGCGCACAAUGGAAGAUGUCAUAGCCGAACAGAAUGUUAGUGGAUAUUUAAUAUUCAGUCUACAGAUAUGCAUAAGCGUUGGAUUGAUGUUUUAUGUUGUGCACAGGGCACAUACAGAACUGGAUGCAGCCAUUCUUGCUUGCCAAAUGGAGCUAAAGACUUCACUGAUUAAAGGCGGUCACCCAAAUGGAGCCAGCUUUACAUUCUGUAAUAAGAGGACUUCAACACUGACAAGUGCUGGGAUUAAUAUUGUCUGACUGAUAAUUGCACACAUCCCUGGAACUGUAAACGUGCCAGUUAGUACUAAUUUAAGUUAAAUGCCUGUGAGGCUAAUGCCUAAUUAUUAUACAUUAGUAGGUAUGGAUUCACACAACUGCUUUAAAAGUAAAGCUAAGAGAAUGGCACUGACACCUAGAAUAGAUACAAGUUGAAGCCAUACCAUGAUGGAGUACAAUUGUUGGCAGAAAAAGAGAUGAAGGUGAACGAUCAAAUAAAUAUUAGUGAUAUCUUGAUAACUGAGCCCGACAUGUUGUUCAGUUAAAUCAUUUAUUUCUGUGCUGUGCAGGAUUUAACGACCAUGUUCUCCACCAGUAAGGUAAGGAGGAUUGCCUCCUAGACAAUUAAUCUUGGAAAAUAUUUGGAAAGUGCAAUAUUUCGCAAUCUAGUACACUUCGCACUGGUGCAUUGAAUAAGACCAUCCCUCGUUGAUACACAGGAUCAAGAGAGCAAGAACCAAAGUUUGUUCCCAGGCGUGGAGAGAGAAAUGAACUGUUAGAUGCACAGAUCAGAACAAUUGAAUUUAACUUGAGCAUACAAAUGUCUUCUUUGUAGGUAGUCCUUUGGGAUUAAGCCUGACUGACUUCACUUGAACUAGUUCUGAGGGCAAUGUGGAACUCUGCCACAGGCGGGGCAAAGGUGCUAGAUGUGGACAUUUUGGAAGGUGGCCCACUCCUAUUUUCCUUGCUCACCUGUGUGCUCCUGAUGGUGGCACUCAAGAUCCUUGAUGCCAUUCUGAACGCUCCUCCAUUUUGAACGACCAUGGCCAGAGAUUCCAAGAGAAUGUUACGUCUUCAAAGGUUGUGAGGAGUUACUUAACUCUUUCUUCAUCUGCUUGGUUCACUUCCCUAGACAGACCUCUGAAUAGUAUGUUUGUUUUGGGAGACUGGUGUCGCGCAUGUAAACAAUAUGGCCUGAACAUUGGAGCAACGCGUGCAAUUAUGUCCUUUAUGCUGGGGAUGCUUAAUCCCAAAGGACUGCCAUGAUAUGCGAACCAUUGGCACACUACUCUCUCCCAGGUUAUCAUGGCAGUAGCUUUGGAGGAUUUUCUGAAGGCAGUUGGCAUUAUCUCUUCAGUGCUCUGAUGUAGGUAGUCCUUGACUCAGAAAUAUAAGGGCAGGAAUCUCUGCUGCCAGGUACACUAGUUACUGCUAUGUAUGAGUUUCUGAUCUUCCUCAGAUGGCCCAAGGCUGUUCUGGUUCACUAAAGGCCCAGUUGUAUUUCAUCUGCCUCUGCUGAGGGGUGGCUGCCGGAUAAAUGGGAAGUGACCCAAGCAUAAUACAGAAUGGAUGGUCAAGGAUGAGUCAAUAUCUCUUUUUGUUUUACAAUGUUAUUUAUUUAAAUGCUAAUCAUUGCCUGUUCAUUGUCAUACAUUUCAAUGUGUUCUUUCAGCCAAACACACCCAAAUGUUCCCGUGCUUUCAUUUGGUGCCUUUGCUUGGAUUUAAGACCAUGGUUUUUGCCUUGAAUUCAAACUAGGUGUCAACACCUUUAAUAUGAUCAUCACUCUUUCGCUAAGGCCCCCUUUUACAACAAGAUUAUCAAUUAACUUGCCUUAUUGGGCACGAUAGGAUAAGAUCUAAAAUAACUUCUUCCCCAGUAAAUUUUUAACAUGCUAAUCUAGAAAUGCAUCUCUGGCACAUUCCGUAAAUUCAUCUUUCACCUUAUUAUGUGAACCUCGAAUUUCCUGAUCUAAGACAUGCUCAAUGCUACAACUACUGGUUGAUAGCAUGUAGAUAACUUCUACCAAUGUUUUCUGUCUGUUGUUAUUGCUUACCUUGGCCCAUAUUGAUUCUGGUUUGCGUUGAUUUCUCGCCACUGUGCCAAUCUGUUCCCUUAUUGAUAUUAUCACCUGGUUGUCCUCCUGCCUGUUCUUCCUAAAUGUCAGAUUCCCUGGUAUAUUUAAUUCCUAAUUCUGCAACCAAAUUUUCCCAGUGGCAAAGAGAUCAUACCUGUUUACUUUUAAAUCGUAUUCAGAUAUUGAAUCUUUGUCAUUUUACUAACUUUCUAUGCUUUAACACACUUUGUUGCUUGAAUUUAUAUUUGUUGUCUACUUAUUUUGUUUACUACAUUUCUAAUGUCUCCUUCCAGCUUUGUUUCACUAGUUUCUAAAUUCCUUUUGGAGUUCCCAUCACCCUGCCUAGCAAACACUUCAUGUAACUAGGAGUUAACAAUGUUCUCAUCUAUUGCUAGAAAAAUAGAAUACAGAACUUAUGUAAGACAUUGUUGAGACCACAACUGGAGUGGAGCGUUUAAAAAGAAGCUUUAUGCUUAGUAAUGAUCUCCCUAUUUAAGGAAGGAGUUCAUGUACUGGAAGCAGUUUGGAGAAGGUUUUCAGGACUGGGUAUCAGGAAUGUAUCAUAUGUUGUCUUCUCAGGAGUCAUCGGACAGGGUAGGUUUGUUUACGCUGGAGUCUAGAAAAAUGAGAGUGAUUUUGAUAGGAUAGAUGUGGAGAGGAUGCUUAGUUCAGUGGGCAAAUGUAGAACUAUUGAAAAGCACGGAGUCGCCCAUUUAAGAAGAGAUAAGUGAAAUAUUUUCUAAGGAUCAUGAGUUUUUGGAGUGCUUUCUCAAAGAGCAGUAACAACUGUGCCUUUAAAUAUUUUAAUGGCAAAAGUAGCUAGAUAUUUAACAAGUGGAAAGGUGUGGGGAACGUGGAGUACAAUCAGAAUAGCCAUUAUCUUAUUCAAUUAUGAAGCAGAUUUAAUGAGGUCAUUGUUCCAAAUUCAUUGUAUACAUUAUACAUUAUAUAUUUAUAUUUAGUUUUUAGGUCAGACUGUGAAAUAAUUUAACAAGAACCAAUGCCUGCGUCAGGGGUGUUGCUAUAAGGUUUUGGGACUGGUGUUGGUCAUAACAAGACAGGGCCUGCAAGAAUAUUGUCAGGAGGAGACUCCAAAGACAUACAAGUAUGUAGGUUAAUUGGCUUGGUGUAUGUAUAAAUUGUCCCAAGUGUGUGUAGGAUAGUGUCAAUAUGCGGGGAUCGCUGGUCGGCGCGGAGUCGGUGGGCUCUAUCUCUAAACUAAAGGAGAACUAAACUGUAAUUGUUUUUCCUAUUCUCAUUUCAUGCCUUGCCAGAGGAAUGCAACUGUUGUGACCCGAGCAUUGAGGUCACCCGGGAGAUAGGCACAAAAAGCUGGAGUGACUCAGUAGGAGAGGCAGCCAUCUCUGGAGAGAAUGGGUGACGUUUCGGAUCGAGAUUCUUCUUCAGACUUCAGCUUUUUGUAUCUAUCUUUGGUUUAAACCAGCAUCUGCAGUUCCUUCCUACACAGGUUACCUAGGAGGAUCAGUUCGCAGUUGCCGGGGUAGGGUUUCUUUCAGGGUCAGAGUAGAAGCCAUUCUUGGUCUCAUCUGUUGCUUCUGUGGUUGGGCCAUGUACACUGAUGGCUGUAGCGUGUUAGUUCUGUGUUGGGGCGAUAGAGUCAUGAAGUGUUCACUUAUCCCUUUGGUGAGUCACUGAGAUGGCAGAAUAGCUCACUGGACAGCAAAAACCACCCCAUUGGAGUCAGUGUUCCCUUUCCCGGUUGCCCUUGCAGAUGUCGUGCUUUGAGUUGGUAUUUUUCUGCCCAUUAUGUCUCGCCCCAGGGUGGCAAUGUCUUGUGAGCAUGAGAGAUUCUGGGCCUUGAUAAAGGAGCAUUGUUUGCGUCUCUCCCUGUUGAUGCUGCCCAUAAGUGCCCAGAAUUUAUUGAGUGAAAGUUGCCUCUGUUUGAUAUCUGAAUGUGGGAUGGCCACUGCACAACCAGCUAUCACUUGGAUAUAUCAAACUAAGAUCUUGAUCCUGGCCCAACAAUCUCCAAGACGACCGUAGGCCAGGCUCAGUUACAUGGAUGUUAAUGGUUGUACUAGGUUACCAUGUGUAUGAGCGCCUGUCAGCAUAUAUGCAAGAUGAAGUACACUCGGGGAAAGAUGGCCUUGCCUAUAGCUGCCUUGUCACUUCCUUUUCCACCUGUACCUAGAGUAAACACCACUGAAUCUCUUUCCAUUUGGUGCCCUGACCCUUUAUCCUUGUAUUUCCCAAUCCUUGACACCCCUCCCUCUCUUUCCGUAGCUACCUGGCCCCCUCCUCCUUUCCUUGAACAGGGUGCACCUCUCCCUAUUUCCUAUACCCCUCUGCUCUAGCUCCUUGCGCCUGUAUCUUCUCGUUUACCAGCUCCAUUAAUCCUCCAUCAAUCUUCAGCCCUAUGAAACAAUCAAAGCGUCCUCCUUGAGUUUGGUUAAAACUCCUCCGUUGUUUUGCUGAUCAGAUGAACAUCAUCUUCAGAGAUAUUUCUGCAUUUGCUUGUAGCUUUCUAAUUGAAGAGUAGCAGCCCGGAUAACUCAUGUUACUGCAAUAUGCACUUUAGUUAAAUAUAUUUUAAUCAAAUACUGUUUCUAAAGGGUGGCAGCAGAGAACAUUUCCAAAUAUAAAUUGACAUUGUUACCCAACUGUUGAAGCGGUUAUUAAUGAAUUAGGUUAAAUACUAUUCUGUACAGUAGAGUCAGCAUUAAUCUAGAGGCAUUACCUGUUAAUAAUCAUCUGUUUGAACCAGAUAGGAAUAGGAACAUAAUGCACAAGAGCAUGCUCCUAUUCAUCAGAAUAUGGAAGUAAAAAUGCAAUCACAAAGUGAUAUAUUUUUUGCGAUUUAUUCCAAUUUGCACGGGUUCAAAAUGUACCAUGCAUUUCUGAAAAUGUAUGCGUGCUUGCACACUUUUGAAGCUUAUCUGAAACUAAUCAAUUGUACAUGUUAACUUCUUAAAGCUUUUUGUUACUGUAUUGUGUGAACAUUUUGGUACUGAGGGGUUUAUCAACAUUUUGAUAUAUUAAUCUCUACAUCUUGCAAACUAUGAUCCCAUUUGUUAUUAAAGAGGUCUGCAAUAAUCUCAGUGGUGUGUCCACUUCUGGAGUGUUUGGGUAAUUUUGCUCUGCAUUUUAAAUAAUAAUCCAUUAAAUUAGUUGCUUUUCUAAAUUAAAACCUAUGAAAUAAAACACUUGUUGCUGUU